GUGAAGGAAGGACAGAGCAGUAUGUUUGUGCGUAUACUUUGCCUUUUAGAAGCAGGAAGCCUUCUGAACAGGGCUUGGCACUCAGGAGGAAUGGGAACUCUGAAGCUGAAGCUUAGGUAGGUUUCCCCACUAGGGAGUGUAUUUAAAAAAUGCUUAAGAUGUUUGUCAGGAUACUGAGUUAAAGCGAGAUAAAUGAUGUUACUUUAAAAAGGCAGUCUCACUGGAGGUUGUGGUGCAGGUAAUUUGUUGUUUGUGUUUUUACUGUAUUUGCAGGAGAGUUGGGUGCUGGGAGGGGUUGAACCAUAGGAUGUUGCUGAGAGAAGAGUGUUUAUUGCAGCAGAACUAAAAUUACAGAAAAAAAAAACCCGAAAGUACUCUGGGGAAAAAGAGUAAUUCUAGCACGCCAGAUAUUCAGUACUAAGCAUGCUUAAUAUUCAGUUUAGUCUCAUAUGACAUGUUUAUGGCCAGUGUGUGUGCCCCAAUGAAAGCACAGCCUAAAAAUGUAUUCGUUAAUUAGUUUUGGUGCAAGCAGUAGUGAGAGCACACAUAUUCCUCUUCUCCACCGACUGCACAGUUUGCUUCUCAAUAGAGGAAGAUGCAAAAUGAUUUCAAGUGUGCUAGAUUUGGGUUUCUCCUGGAGUCGUACCCUGAAAAUCGGCAGAAGGGAGGGAGGGGAGUUACUCUGUCUAUUAUCAUCAAGCUCUGCUAAUGUAGCCCGGGCACCACGUGACUGCAGAAAAGGCUAUUAUCUCAAUGAAAAGGAAACUGCUUUUUAAAGCAGCAACAGAACAGAAGCAGGAGGAAUUUUCGAGUACUCCACCAUGCUGGAUUGUCAAAGGGGGAUCUCUCUGAUCAGCAGUUAGGGAAGGAUUAACGUGGCCAGUUUGUCAGCUGUCAUUAGAAGCAGAUGACAGAGAUGAUAAGCUGCUGGUGCGCACGUCCUCACUCAGCAUGUGCUUUGGUUUACAUCAAGACAUAACACUGGUUUGGGAUAAUGGAGAGCUGAUAUUUUUAAGGCUGUAAAUUUACUGUUGCUGAUAUGUGUUCAAGAUGAGUGGGAUGGGAGAAAAUACCUCUGACCCAACCAGAGCAGAGUCAAGAAAGCGCAAGGAUCCCGAUCAGCUUGGACCCAGCCCUAAAAGAAGCACUGAGAAACGCAAUCGUGAGCAAGAGAAUAAAUACAUAGAAGAACUUGCAGAGCUGAUUUUUGCAAAUUUUAAUGAUAUUGACAACUUUAACUUUAAACCUGACAAAUGUGCAAUCUUGAAAGAAACUGUGAAGCAAAUUCGUCAGAUAAAAGAACAAGAAAAAGCAGCAGCAGCUAAUGAAGAUGAAGUGCAAAAAGCAGAUGUAUCAUCUACGGGUCAGAGUGUCAUCGACAAGGAUGCACUUGGACCAAUGAUGCUUGAGGCCCUAGAUGGGUUCUUCUUUGUAGUGAACCCAGAAGGUAAUGUUGUGUUUGUUUCUGAGAAUGUGACACAGUACCUAAGGUACAACCAAGAAGAGCUGAUGAACACAAGCAUAUAUAGCAUCCUGCAUGUAGGGGACCACAAUGAAUUUGUCAAAAUCCUGCUGCCAAAAUCUUUAGUGAACGGGGGAUCUUGGUCUGGUGACACUCCUAGGCGUAAUAGCCAUACCUUUAAUUGUCGGAUGCUGGUAAAACCUCUUGCUGAUGCUGAAGAAGGCCAUGAUAACCAGGAAGCACAUCAAAAAUAUGAAACUAUGCAGUGUUUUGCUGUUUCUCAACCAAAUUCCUUCAAGGAGGACGGUGAAGAUUUGCAGUCUUGCUUGAUUUGUGUUGCAAGAAGAGCUCCAAUGAAGGAAAGACCACUUCUUCCUUCAUCGGAGAGCUUUACUACUCGCCAGGACUUACAAGGCAAAAUAACUUCACUGGACACAAGUACCAUGCGAGCAGCUAUGAAACCUGGCUGGGAGGAUUUGGUGAGAAGAUGCAUUCAGAGGUUCCAUUCACAGCACGAGGGAGAAAUAUCUUUUGCCAAGAGGCAUCACCAGGAAGUGCUGAGGCAGGGACUAGCAUUUAGUCCUGUUUACCGGUUUUCCUUGUCUGAUGGCACUAUCGUUUCUGCCCAAACAAAAAGCAAGCUCAUCCGUUCUCAGACGACCAGUGAACCUCAGCUCGUAAUCUCCUUGCAUAUGCUUCACAGAGAGCAGAAUGUCUGUGGAAUGAAUCAGGAUUUGACUGGACAAGGAAUGGGGAAGAUAUUGAACCCAAUUAGCUCCAGCAGCCCUGCCCAUCAGGCCAUGUGCAGUGGAAACCCAGGUCAGGAUAUGACCAUCAGUAGCAAUAUAAAUUUUGCCAUAAAUGGCCCAAAGGAACAAAUGGGCAUGCCAGCAGGCAGGUUUGGUGGUUCAGGGGGAAUGAACCAUGUGUCGAGCAUACAAGCAUCCACUCCUCAGGGUAGUAACUAUGCACUAAAAAUGAAUAGCCCCUCACAAAGCAGCCCCGGCAUGAACCCAGGGCAGCCAAACUCUAUGCUUUCCCCAAGGCAUCGUGUGAGCCCUGGAGUGGCAGGAAGUCCUCGCAUCCCACCCAGUCAGUUCUCCCCUGCAGGAAGCUUACAUUCACCUGUGGGAGUCUGCAGCAGCACAGGAAAUAGCCAUAACUACACCAACAGUUCCCUGAACGCACUUCAGGCCCUCAGCGAGGGCCACGGUGUUUCUCUAGGAUCGUCGUUGGCUUCACCUGACCUAAAAAUGGGAAAUUUACAAAAUUCCCCUGUGAAUAUGAAUCCUCCCCAGCUAAGCAAGAUGGGAAGCCUGGACUCUAAAGACUGCUUUGGACUCUAUGGGGAGCAAUCAGAAGGUACAACUGGACAAACAGAGAGCAGCUGCCAUUCAGGAGAACAGAAAGAUAAUAGCGAUAGCAACAUGCCACCAGUUGUCAGUGGCGAGAGACCUGAUGGACAGAAUAAACUGCAUGAUGGAAAAAGCCAGACAAAGCUCUUGCAAUUGCUGACCACCAAAUCGGAUCAGAUGGAGCCUUCGCCUUUGUCCAGUACCAUGGGAGACGCUAGCAAGGACUCCACAGGAGGGUUGCCUGGGUCUAGUUCGACACAUGGAACCUCGCUCAAGGAGAAGCAUAAAAUUUUGCACAGACUAUUGCAGGACAGUAGUUCUCCUGUAGACUUGGCCAAACUCACAGCAGAGGCCACAGGCAAAGAACUGAGCCAGGAGUCCAGUAGCACAGCUCCUGGUUCAGAGCUGACUGUUAAACAGGAGCCAGCAAGUCCUAAGAAGAAUAAUAAUGCACUACUUCGCUACUUGCUAGAUAAAGAUGAUACUAAAGAUAUUGGUUUACCAGACAUACCCCCAAAACUGGAGCGGUUGGACAGUAAGACAGACCCUUCCGGUAGCACAAAGUUAAUACCUAUGAGGACGGAAAAAGAAGAGAUAAGCUUUGAGCCUAACGAACAGCCAGGCAGUGAAUUGGAUAACUUGGAGGAGAUUCUGGAUGACCUGCAGAACAGCCAGUUACCGCAGCUUUUCCCAGAUAGCCGCCCAGGCGCUCCAGCAGGCUCGGUCGACAAGCAAGCCAUCAUCAAUGACCUCAUGCAGCUCACCAGUGACAGCAGCCCCAGUGCGGCUGUGGCCACGCAGAAACCAGCAAUGAGGAUUUCACAGAGCACUUUUAAUAACCCACGAGCAGGGCAACUGGGCAGGUUAUUACCAAACCAGAACUUAUCACUUGACAUCACACUGCAGAACCCAACAGGUGCAGGAACUUUCCCACCCAUAAGAACGAGCAGCCCCUAUUCGGUGAUACCUCAGCCGGGACUGAUGGGCAGGAAUGAAGGGAUGAUAGGGAAUCAAGGAACUUUAGGCAACAGUAGCACAGGAAUGAUCAGUGGCAGUGCCCCUCGGCCUGCCAUGACAUCUGGAGAUUGGGGAAGCCAGGCUCCUGCUGUGAGGGUCACCUGUGCACCCACAGCUAGUGCCAUGAACAGGCCAGUGCAAGCAGGAAUGAUCCGUAACCCCACGGCCAGCAUCCCCUUGAGACCCAGCAACCAGCCUGGCCCAAGGCAGAUGCUUCCAUCUCAGGUCAUGAAUAUGGGGCCAUCCGAAUUAGAGAUGAACAUAGGAGGACCUCAGUAUAGCCAACAACAGGCGCCUCCAAAUCAGACAGCACCAUGGCCAGACAGCAUCUUGCCUAUAGAUCAGGCAACUUUUGGUAAUCAGAACAGGCAACCGUUUGGCAGCUCACCAGAUGAUCUCUUGUGUAAUCAUCCUUCAUCAGAGUCACCAAGUGAUGAGGGUGCUCUCCUGGAUCAGCUUUACAUGGCAUUACGUAAUUUUGAUGGUUUAGAAGAAAUCGACAGGGCUCUAGGAAUACCAGAACUAGUCAGCCAGAGUCAGGCUGUUGACCCAGAGACCUUCCCCAGCCAGGACUCCAGCAUGCUGAUGGAGCAGAAGGCUCCGGUGUUCUCCCAGCAGUACGCGGCGCAGGCGCAGAUGGCGCAGGGCAGCUAUGCACCCAUGCAGGACCCGAGCUUCCACGCCAUGGGGCAGCGCCCGGGGUAUGCAGCCCUGCGUAUGCAGCCCCGGCCCGGCCUGCGGCCCACUGGCAUCGUGCAGAACCAGCCAAACCAGCUGCGGCUCCAGCUGCAGCACAGGCUCCAGGCACAGCAGAAUCGGCAGCCACUGAUAAAUCAGAUCAGCAGUGUCUCCAAUAUGAAUCUGUCUUUGAGACCUGGAGUGCCAACACAGGGCCCUAUCAAUGCGCAGAUGCUGGCACAGAGGCAGCGGGAGAUCCUGAGCCAGCACCUGCGGCAGCGGCAGAUGCAGCAGCAGCAGCAGCAGGUGCAGCAGCAGCGGACGCUGAUGAUGCGAGGGCAGGGCUUGAGCAUGACCCCCAGCAUGGUGGCCGCCGGUGGCAUACCAGCAACCAUGAGCAACCCACGGAUCCCACAGGCAAACGCACAGCAGUUUCCAUUUCCUCCAAACUACGGUAUUAGUCAGCAGCCUGAUCCAGGCUUCACAGGGGCCACCACUCCUCAGAGUCCACUGAUGUCCCCAAGACUGGCUCAUACUCAAAGCCCCAUGAUUCAGCAGUCUCAGGCUAAUCCUGCCUAUCAGUCCUCUACAGAGAUGAAUGGGUGGGCACAAGGGAAUAUGGGUGGAAACAGCAUGUUUUCACAACAGUCCCCACCACAUUUUGGGCAGCAAGCAAGCACCAGCAUGUACAACAAUAACAUGAACAUCAGUGUAUCCAUGGCAACCAACACAAGUGGUAUGAACAACAUGAACCAGAUGACAGGGCAGAUCAGCAUGACCUCAGCGACCUCUGUGCCUACAUCAGGGUUGUCCUCCAUGGGUCCUGAGCAGGUUAAUGAUCCUGCUAUGAGGGGAGGCAAUCUUUUUCCAAACCAGCUGCCUGGAAUGGAUAUGAUAAAGCAGGACGGAGAUGCAGCACGGAAAUAUUGCUGACCCUGUGGGUGGUUUGGUUGCUCCUUUCUUCAGCUGACUGGGCUUACAGCCCCAAAUCCUUACCAGUUUGAAGAGCUGCGUCUGUUUGUCGUGACCCAACUGAGCUGCCAGCGCUGGUGGCGGCUGCCUGCUUCUGACAGGACUUAGCCCUGUCUUCCCAAGGGGAGCCAGGGCAGUUGUUGCCGAAGAGCAGCCUCUUUUGACAGUCUGAAGCUAGCGUACAGACAGUUGCUCAGUCUGUUCACUGCAUUCACCUUAGUGCAACUUAGAUCUCUCCUGCAAAGUAAAUGUUGACAGGCAAUUUUCAUAAACCAUGUCAGAUUGAAUGUAUUUAAAUGUAUGUAUUUAAGGAAAAACAACCAUGCUCUUGUUCUGUUUCUGUUUAGUUCUAGACCUUGGGGUUUUUUUGCUUUGUUUUCCCUGGCUUACUCAGUCUGGUGCAAAGGAUUCAGUUCCGUCUGAAAACUGGUGUGUUUUAAACUAAGGCCUGCAUUUUGGGGCGGAGAGGAGGCGUGGAGGAGGGUGUAGAGGCAACGUCUGGUACAUAUAGAGACCUCCAAUGAGCAUGUUCCACUGACAAGUCAGAGAAGAUGAACCGAUGCAGAAAACUAUACAGACCAAUUUUGAAUGGGGUUAAAGUUGUAAAAGAGAUGAAAAUUACCCUGUGAGAGGGCUGUUUAUAAGGGGCGUUUCGGUUGGGCUUUGUGGUAAUGUUUAUAAUGCAAGUAAUGAAUCCAAAAAUACAAGUUGGUUACUUUCUUAUUUAAUUAAAUUUCUAACAAUCAGCAAAUCCUGAUUUUUUUUACCUGGCUCUGCUGACCUCUGUCAUCUUCCUCUUCUUUUUAAUAGAGUAAAAGAACAGGUUACUCCUUUAUUUCCCUAGGUGUGUUUCCAGCAAUCUGGACGGCCAGUUACUGGAUGCUGAACAGCAAAGUUCAAUGGUAAUGCAUGUACUGAUUAUGGUAGUGGCAGAAUUGGUGCAUAAUAUCAAAGAGCUCAAGAUACCUGCUUUAAAGCAUGAUAAUUUCUGGUUCCCAUCCCCUUAGCUGGGAAAAUAACAGUUCAAUUCCUGUAAUACCUAUAGCAUAUAUCACUACAGACUUCACCACUAUCGUGUGUUUCUGAUUAUUUUAAAGCAGUGUGGACUAUGAGGAUGUUUUGUAAGGUACAUAAAAUCCAGUUUAUAUGUAAACAAGCAAUAAUUUAAGUUGAAAACUUAAGUGUUUUACUUGUAUAAUUUUUGUGAGAUAUACAUGUUGUGAAGUUGAUUCCAAAUGAGGUACUUCAGUAUUAAAUUAGAUAUCUUCUUAGCCGUGCGUGUCUCCUGGAAAAGUGUUUUGUAAAGGAUCACAAUGCCUUGAUUAGACCUAAUUUGUAGGCUUGAGACUUCUCAUUUUCUAAACCUUGUGAUUCUGCUCAUAAUGUCAUUUAACUAACCUAUAUUAUAUGCAGCCACUGUAGGAACCAAUUCUUGAUUUUUGUAUGUUUAUAUCCUUUCGUAAAAAAUCUUAGAAAAACUUAACUGUUACUAAGCAGGCCACUGUUAGGGGGUGGGUUUUUUCUUGCCCACUGUGGUUGGAAUAAUCUUUUACUAAACCAACAUCAGUUUCUGAGGACUUUAAAUAUUAAGAAAUUGAUGGUUUUGACCUCUGUUUUCUUUCUGCUGACCCCUAAUCUACAAACUUUCUAACCUGACCACAAUUUUUUUGAUGUCAGGUAAAAUGCAGUGCAUUUUAUAAUAUCUCCUCAGCCAUGCCUUUGGGGACUGAAAGCUUUAUUCUGUUGCCAUUUAAUUUCUUGUGGUUUUCAGGUGGGAGUUCAAAUUAAAUAGCAGCUCUCCUCUUAUUAAGGCUGAGGAAAACAUGAUAAAGGUGGUUUGAAAUAGGCCGCUUCUGUAGAAGGCUUUCGGUGAAAGCCCAGGAAAUGUACAGCUGGGUUUGCCCAUAAGGAAGGCAGUGCCACCAUUCUGGAGAAACAGCAUUUUUCAGCUGUCACUGUUCUGUUACCAAAAUUAAACAGAAUAUUUAGUCAGCUGAGCCAUCCUCUUACCUGCUGAUGGGAACCCAAAAUAACUGUCAGUCCUGAGCUCCACAGCCUCAUUACUACGACAUCUGUGCUAAAUUUGCAUUAUAUAUCUGACAGAAAAAUAUUUAUAUAAGAAAUGUAUAAAUUUGAAGGAAUUAAGUUCAUGCACCACAAAGUGUAAAUGAGUUUUAAAAUAAUUUUGGUUUUAUUCCAUUCUUUUUCAGUUCUUAACUGUAACCUCUGCAGAUAGAUUAUUCUUUUUCACAGUGGACAAAAUUGUUAGAAUUUGUCCUGUUUCACAACAGACCUGCAAACCCUGAUCAUCUGUAGUGAUUAUGAUAAUUCAUCAUCCAUUGCCAUUUUGAAAGAAAGGAGAUUGUACCUAUCGCUUUGGCUCCGUUUGGGUUCAUUGUGACUUUAGUUGUCUUCUAACUAAUGAAAGAGAAAAGUGAGUGAAGGAAUCUUCUGAUCAUAUUGAUCACUAUAGAAACAAAAAAGCCAAAUCAAUUCCCUUCAUUAUCAGUAUUUUUCAUCCUGUAUACAGUAAACUUGUUGGAGAAAGUACUUGGAUUUUGUUUAACAGAACAAUUAAUCAGUGUUCUACUUACAUUACUAAAUGUGAAAGGCGCAUAAUGUGAAAAAUAAGCAUAUAUACAUGGUCGUAUGACCUGUUUAAGUGUUCAUGUAAUGUGGUAAGUUUAAAAAGUGAAGUGAGCUGUUUUGCUACAAGGAAUUAAUUUGUACUCGAUCUUAAAAUAUUGUCCCACAUCGGUAUCCCUUUGGGCCUGUAUUAAUUAAAAGCAAUGUUUUUGCAGUUUAUACAAUACAUUUUUUAAUCUUUGUUUAAAAGCGGAAUUCAUAUGGGCUUAACAGAUGAAAUGGGUGGCACAGCUCCACUUGCAGAACCCAAAGAUACACAAUCAGUUUUGAAAUGCAACUUAAGCCAUUAAUUGUUGGUGUGAAUUUAAAAGUUUUCUAGUAUUUGUAUGGUAGUAUGCUGCCUAAGAGCAAAAGCAUUCUCUGCACAAAAGAAAAUUUACUGUAGUGGCUUUGAUUUUAAUUAGAAUUUUCUCCCUGGUGUUUCUUUGUAGACUAAAACAAAAUCUUUUCAGUUUCUUACUACAGGUAAAAGCUAUGUGCAAGAACCUCAAAAUGCUAAAAUCUAGCAUAAUGCCUUAGAUCUGUUUUUAAGUCUUGUAUAUUCCUACAUAGCUGUCUAAUGUAUUAUAUUUGUAUAGUGAAUUGUGUACAAUUUUGGAAUAAGUGCAUCAUCACUUAAUCUUUAUGUUGUUCAGUAGAGAUGAUGGACACAUUUCUUCAAACAUUUACUGUCAUUUAAUUUUUUUUUUCCCUUUAUGUCAUUUGUGGGUUUUAUUUGUACAGUUCAUCAUGAAGUUGCAUCUGAGAUGUGUGUAUAUGAAAAGAUUAUACAAGGGUAAAAUUAAGCAAUAUAUAAACUAUGGUUCUUCAGGAGAAAGCUUACAGUGUUUCAGGUUGUGAUUUAUUUUCAAAACGGAUUUGACUCUGAACAUCACUUUGUUCACCUGCAUUGAUGUUUGUAUUUCUAGUGUGAGCAGUUUAUGCAAAGGUAGAUAUAUUCAGAGAAAUUUUAAAUACAUUUAUGCAAGUUAAUAUUGCUUUGCUGAUGCUAUUUGCUUAUUUGAUGUUAAAUAAUGCUAUUGUAAAUAAA